AUGGUCGUCUCGCUCGCCUCGACCGGCGGGGCAGCCAAGAUCUACUGCGUCAAUGGCGGAGGCAUGACUUCGAAGAACGCGGCGGCGUGGCUCGAGGCAAAGUUGACGGACCGCAACAAGCGGCGCAAGAGGGGCGGCCAGGGAGGGACGGGCGGAGAAGGGGAGAUCAGGCUCAUUCAGGACUUUGAUUUCCCCGAGGCGUCGAACAAGAUCAAGACGACUCGCGACGGAAAGUACUUGAUGGCGACAGGGACGUACAAGCCUCGGAUGAAGGUCUUUGACCUCGAGGAGCUGAGUAUGAAGAUGGAGCGCGUGACUGACAGCGAGAACGUCGACUUCUGCAUCCUCUCCUCCGACUGGACCAAGACUCUCCACCUUCAAUCCGACCGCUCUCUCGACCUCCACACCCAGUCCGCCUCGCACUACAGCGUCCGCAUGCCCCGACAAGGCCGGACACUCGCCUACCACUUCCCUACUUGCGACGCGCUCGUUGGCGGAACUGGCUCGCAGGUGUGGCGGCUGAACCUUGAAGUUGGACGGUUCAUGAAGCCGUUUGGUAUGGAAGGAGCGGGAGAGUAUGAUGGCGGUGAGGGAGGCGGAGUUGGCGGCGGGAUGGGCGCACCAGGAGACUUCGUCACCGGCGUCAACGCGAUCGAUAUCAACCCAGCGCACCAGCUCAUGUGCUUCGGUACCGACACGGCGCUCGGGCGGGGAACAGUCGAGUUGUGGGACCCGCGGAGUCGAUCUCGAGCCGGUAUCCUGCGGUUGCCGUACAACUCGCUUCUCGCUUCGAGCAUGUCGAGCGCGAGUCUCAAGCACCCGCGGUUACCGGGCGUCGACGAUGAUGGCGCACUUGGCGGAGUGGCGGUAACGGCGUUGUCGAACAAGUCGGACGGGCUGAACCUCGCGGUCGGCACAUCGACUGGCCAUGUCUUGCUGUACGACUUGCGUGCGAGCAAGCCGUACACGACGAAGGACCAGGGAUACGGUCUGCCGGUGAAGAAGGUCGAGUGGGUGGAGAGUGCGCCUGCGACGAGCAGCGAUGCGGAGCGGGAAGGAGGAUGGGUCGCGAGUGCGGACGAGAAGGUGGUCAAGAUUUGGGGCAAGGAGACGGGGACGAACCUCGUCGCCAUCAACCCGCCGAUGCCGGUCAACGACCUCCAUAUCUACCCCGGCACCGGCCUCGUCUUCCUCGCCAACGAGACCUCCCCCAUGACGGGCUACUACGUCCCGCAGCUCGGCCCGGCGCCCAAGUGGGCUCGCUUCCUCGACAACAUGACGGAAGAGAUGGAAGACGACCAGGAGACGCUCGUCUACGACGACUACAAGUUUGUCGACCGGCAAGAACUCGACGACCUCAACCUCACCCACCUCAUCGGCACCGACACGCUCAAGCCGUACAUGCACGGAUACUUCGUCGACCUCCGACUGUACACCAAGGCUCGCGCGAUCGCCAACCCAUUCCAGUACGCCGAGCACCGCGACAAGCUCAUCCGCGACAAGCUCGCCGCCGAGCAAGAGUCGCGCAUCCGCGGCGCGAAGAAGGCUGCCGGUGCAGCUGUCGCCGGCGUCAAGGUCAACAAGCAGCUUGCGCGGAGGGCGCGCGAGGCGGAGGAGAAGCUGCGGAAGCGCGAGGUGGGCGAGGAGGACGAGGAGGACGAGGACGGCCGCAGGAAGCGCAAGAAGAAGGUCCAGGCCGAGACGCCCAGCUUGCUCAAGGACGCUCGGUUCGCCGACCUCUUCACGAAUCCCGACUUCGAGAUCGACGAGGCGUCGCGCGAGUUCCAGCUGCUCAACCCGUCGACCAAGCCGAACCAGCGACGGGAGGACGACGACGACGAGGAAGACGACGGGGACUCGGACGACGGCUUCGUCUCGCAGGACGAGAGCGACGUGGAGGACGCAUCCAACUCGGACAGCAGUGCAGACGGCGACCUCGGCUUCGACUACCAGCGACGACCCAUCGAGCCUCCUCAGCGAUCGUCCAAGCCUUCGCCCGCACGACCCGCAGCAGCAGCGCCCGCCAAGCCCGCUCUCCCGCGUCCAACGCUCGUCGCCGCCGACGAUUCGGACGACGAGACUCUCUCGGCCGCUCGUUCGCGCCCACUCGCCGCUCUCGACCGAGCUUCACAGACGCUUGCCCAGCGCGCGCGACAAGCAGCCGAGUCGGGCUCGUCGAAGCGAUCGAGGCGAGCGGCGGACGAGGCGGACUCGUCGGCCGCUGCCGACGGGGACGACAUCAUUCGCGGCACGCCGGGGGGAGGGAUGGAGAUGUCUUUCGUGCCGCAACCCAAAUCGGCUGCCGAGGUUGCCGAGAAGAAGAAGGCGCAGAAGGACAAGCGCGAGAAGGACAAGUCUGACAAGGCCAAGUUUGGGAUGGGCCUCGAGAGGAGCCGUGGUGGACCGCAGGAGGACGAGCAGCAGCGGCGACUCGAGGACGAGGAGGACAGCGGGCGGAAACGGAUGCGCAAGCCGGCGCGGUCUGCGUCGCGGAACAAGACGCGCUUCCUGUAG